CAUCAUCUCCAUUCGCUUCUGCACCCGAUUUCCCCAAUUUCAGUUUUAUAAAGCCACUGCUAAUUUGCUCUUGGAACAGUGGAGGAUUUGCAGUUGAUUGAUUGAUUGAUCGAUUGCUGGCUCCGGGUGUUCUUGAUGCCUUUUGACAGGCAAGGAUUUGAGGCUUGUUGUCGGUAAAGAUUCUCCUUUUCGAUUUAUAAUUCGGUUAGUACUCUGCUUGUACUUGCCUCGGGUUGCUUGUGAUUGUCGGGUAAUCUUGAUUCGUAUUUUGGGAGAGAAUUCUGGGAGUUUUGUUGGUUGCAAAAUAAUUUUGACAGGCAACGAGUUUUGUUCAUCAUCAUCAUCGAGAUGCUCGUUAUUCUCGAUUCGGGUUGAUCGGUGAUAUGAUGGAAAUGGGAGGGGAUGAGCAGCUUCUGGCUGCGUAUCCCUUCUACUUUGGGGUUUCCUGCGCUUUUGUUGCCCUGGAUCUCGUAUCGAGGAAGAGGAGAGAGCUUCUCGAUGUCAAUGGCGGAUGGGGAUCUCGGUUGGCGGAGAUGAUGCUUAAGGGGAGCGCCCAGUUGCUGGGUUUGCUGGUGGAGAGAGCCCAGGCGAGGGGGGAGGCCAUGGAGAAGAAGUUAAAGAAGGCCCAUUUGGAUCUGGAAGCGAUGAAGCAGCGGAGAACCGAGGACGCCAAGGCGAACGAGAAGGUCGUCGCUAUCUUUGCUGCCCAUGAACAACAAUGGAUCGCAGAGAGGAAGAGCCUCCGGCUCCAGAUCCAUGCCCUGGCCAAUGAGCUCCAGAUUGCCAAUUCUAACCACAACGACGCCAUUUCGAUUUUGGAGAAGAGGAUUGAGGAAGAAGAGCAAACGAGGAUGCUCAAAGACGAUGCAUUGGAAGCUGAGGCGACGAAGCUUAAGGAUUUGGAGGAGAAGCUGCAGUUGGCCGAUGAGGUGCUCGAUGAAAUGACCGAAAGAACUAAAAAGGCGGCGCAGGACCACUCAGCCGAGGUUUGGAAGCACAAAACCGCGUUCGUGGAGCUAGUGUUGAGCCAGCGGCAAAUGGAAGCCGAGAAGAACCGCACUCUCCGGCAAGCAGAGGUGGUAAAGCACGAACUCGAGGAGGCUCUCGAGCGGAAGGAGGAAGCUUUCGCCACGGUCCAUAAGCUUUCACAACAGAUUGUGAGAAUGCAGAAGGAUUCCGAGCAAAAAGAUAAGAUUCUUUCUGCAAUGCUGAGGAAAUUGAAGCUUGAUACAGCUGAGAAGCAGAUGCUCGUGAAGGAAGUUAAGAUUUCAAAGGCAAAAAAGAAGCAAGCUGAAUUGGAGAUUGAGAAGUGGAGGAACAUGUGGGAAUCAUCAAGGAACAAGAACUCCAGGAACAUGCAUUCUGUGGAUAUAGCAUCGUUGCAGAACCGGAGGCCGGAACUGGUGCCAGUGGAUUCCUUUGGGCAAAACUCCAUAAAUCUACUUCCAGAAUCCGAGGAUAGGAAAGAAGAAUUUUCCACAGCAACUGCAUUAAAGUGCCACGGUCACCUCUCCAUUGAUGAGAAUGGUGAAGCAACAUUGGCUAUGGAGGACUACCAGCAAUUGCAAGAUUGGGUUCGCAAGGAAACACAAAAGUAUGCAACCAUCCUUGAGCAGAAACAUUACGCAGAGAUUGAAGCAUUCACAGAGCAGUUGAGGCAAAAAGAUGAGAAGUUGGCGGCUUCUCAAUGGCAGGUCAGGAGCAUGGAAUUUGAAACAAAGAGGCUUAGGUCCCACAUUAAAGACCUGGACGGGGAGUUAUCCUAUUUCAGAGUAGAAAAUGCUAAAUUGGAGGCCAUGUUGUUGGAUAAGGGGCACAAAAUCAAGCAGCAGUUCAAUCUCCAUGUUCAGAACUCACAGAGGAAUCAUUCAAAUCGUUUUCCCAUUCCUGAUACUUGUCAUGCUAUUUGGUCAGAAGUAACGAUCAGCGAAAACAAACAAAAAGAGAAAACAGAAGAUUCAAUUGCCGAGUUGAUUGGUAAUAUUCACGAGACGAUGAAUAAGGCAGUGGAAAUGGACGCUGGAAAUGACACGGAUCGGGAAAGAAAGAAUGUACACGCAGAAAUUAACAAAGGUAAUGCAGCAGAGCAGCCAUCACCAAGCAAUAAUAGUUCAUGGGAGUAUUCUGAUGGAUGCAGUGAAACGCCAUCCCCAGAACAUCAUAAAAAUUCAGGGAGUAGUAAUUCUGAAGACCAAGUGAUGAACAUGCCAGAGGUGUCCAACUCCCAUGCCGCAGACAAAGACAUUGAAAAGAAAGAGAUGAGAUUGGACCUAGCUAAUCUUCGAGCUACAAAUAGUUGCAAACAUGAUGCUGGAACUGCCCAUAAGUUGCCGUUAACCAAGACAUCCCUUGUAAAUGAUACUUGUUUGAAGAUGGAUAUCCAAGCACUUGGAGUCUCCUACAAGAUCAAAAGGCUAAAACAGCAGUUGAUUGUGCUUGAAAAGCUAGCUUCUUCACUGGCAGUGAUGCAGAUAACAAAUAAAGAUGCAAAAAAAAGCACUCUGGAUGGGUCUAGCGACAAGGAGAUCGAUGAGAACAGGCAGCAGACCAAUGGCCUAUUGCUAGUGCAAUCUUUACUGAACAAACAGCUAAAGAGAUACCAGUCUCUUGAAGAGAAGACUGAUAACCUAUGUAGCAGAAUGAAAGAGAGCUACGGAUCAGGAGGCGGUCGAGAUUUGCAGAAUGGCAGGACGAUGGAACAAAGUGAAAUGCUCGGGCACUUCCUUGAAGAAACAUUUCAGCUGCAAAGGUCUAUAGUGGCAACGGGCCAGAAGUUGAUGGAAAUGCAGUCAAGGAUUGACUCUACACUUAAUGGUGCUACUAGAUUCGAUGAGUCUUUAGGUUUCAAUAUUAAGCUGUUUGCAGACAUUGUUAGGACUCUUUUUAGAGAGAUACAGCAAGGAUUUGAGGUGAGAAUUGCUCGAAUCAUCGGAGAUCUUGAAGGGACACUAGCUUGUGAAGGGAUUCUCCAUAGAUGAAGCUGAAUGUGAAUGUCAAAAGCUAUAAUAAAGCUAUCAACAUUGCGUGGUAAAAUCAGAAUACUUAUUUUGCAUAUAUAUUGAAGGGACAAUGUGCAUGUUUAA